GAGGUAUGAGAGAGAGAGGAAGGGAGGGAAAGCACCUCUGCCGCUCUCCUUGCCUCCCCUCUCCUGUGCGCAGUGCCCCUGCCCGGCCGCUCCCACCCUCAUCUCCUCCCCACAGCUGGGCUGCCUCCUCUCCUCUCACUGAUGCUGCCCGUCUUCUCUCACACCACGGAGCUGGAGGGACGACUUCUGGGUGUGUGUGUGUGUGUGUGUGUGUGUGAGUGCGUAUGGAAUGACUGACUACUACCUGCUUUGCAUGGUCUGAAUUUCGGGAGAUUUGGCGCACGUCGGAAAGGAGGAGAGUCCAGAGGGAAGAAGGGAGGCUCUCCAUCCACCCCCCACCCCCACACGAGGGAUUUGAUUUUACAGAGGUAUGCCAGUGCCUGAGGUGGCGUCUGCCGGUGCCAGCGCUGCCGCCAUGUUGAGCCCCGUCCUCAAUGCCUCCAACGGAGACGGCUCCGAGUCCGAAACCACCUCUGCCAUCCUCGCCUCCGUCAAAGAGCAGCUCAGCAGAUGACAAGUUUCGCUGGAACAACCAAGACGGACAGAAGGACAUAGAGGAAGAGCUGACGACAGGUCUGGAGCUGGUGGACUCGUGCAUUAGAUCCCUGCAGGAAUCAGGCAUCUUGGACUCGCAGGACGCUUGUACAGGAGACAGACUGCUGUCUCAAAGUGCUUUACAGCUCAACAGCCAGGAUGCUUAUUCUGUGGCAGGUUACCACAGCAGUCAAGGGUUGGCACUCGGGGAAACGGUUUCCGGCCGUGGCGGGCAGAUUGGGGGAGCUGUUCACAGCUACAACCAGGUGACAUCCAGCCGUGCAGUUKCCCAGUUAGUGAGCACAGACUCUCCCUCGCAGUCCCAGAGAGACUCAUUUGCCCAGCAGGCCCUUGGCAGCGCCUUACACAUGUCCACUGAGGGCGGAUCUGUGCCUUCUGGACCGUCCAUGUAUUACUCAUGUGCCACUCUGCCUGCACAGCGUGUGAGCUCCCCUCUGCAGGCGGUGGGAUCCCCGACCAAGCUGCAGCGCCUCGGGUCAGCCUCUGCCGACAUGCCCAGCUACGCCACGCUGCAGAGAGUCUCUUCGCCCAAACAGUCUCCCAGCCGACUUGCAAAGUCCUACAGCACGUCAUCGCCCAUUAAUAUGGUGGCAUCAGGUGCUGCCAGUUCGUCCUCUCCGCUCUCUACGGCUGCCUCCCCCGGGGGAAACCACAACUCGUCACCCCUCCACCAACUCAGCUCGGCAGUGGGAAGCUACGCCACCCUGUCGCCCACCAAGCGCAUGCUGCAUCACAUCGGUGCAGACGGCUACAAGAUCUCCCAYGAGCUCUACGCUAACGCAACCCUGAAAAGGCCUGGGAGCCUGGCAGGCUCCAGAGGCUCCUACAGCAGCCAGCACACUCACCUGGGCUCUGAACUGCGACCCCUUCAGUCCCCCGAACACCACAUCGACCCCAUCUAUGAAGACAGAGUCUACACUAAGCCCAACCUGAGAGGACAAGUGGUGAACCAACUGUACCAAGAAGUCCUCAACUAUCUGUUGUAUCCUUACACUCCUCUAGCCCCAUCCUCCCCCAGUGUUGAUCCAAUCCCCUUGCAGCGAACGGGAAGUCAGAGCGCCACCGCCACCUUUCAGAGAGGCAGCUUUGCUACAGGAGGUGGGGCCGCUGACUACGCCAACCCGUACCGCACUCUGCAGUUCUGCCCAUCAACUGAGUCACCUUACAGCAAGUCGGGCCCUGCCCUUCCACCUGAAGCUGCUCUGGGUCGAUCUCCCUCAGUAGACAGCAUCCAAAAGGACCCAAGGUACGACCCUGAAUUCCUUGUGUGGAAUCAAAAUCAAGCCGAGCAAAGAAUGACAAA